AUGAAUAAUAUAGAAAAUAUUCAACCCGAGGAAGCCCUCGUCACAAAUGCAAAAACUUAUGAUACUUUUGCUACUUCCCCCAUAUCUCCCUUUAUUUCGACAACGACCUUGAUCGAUAAUUCUUUCACCAAUAAAUCCGCAGAGAAAAUUUUAGAAAAUAAUAUUAUAAAUGACUACCAUUCAUCAACACUAGCCGCAAACCUAAACGGUUUGUCAAUCGUGAAUACGAUUAGCUCAGAGGACGAAACUUUAUCCUCUUCCUCUGAUGAAGAUUUCGAAAAAAUUGAUAAAGAGCCUUAUGAGGACAAAUACAUUAAACUUUCGACUAUUUCCGCGUUGGAUUUUGUCGCCACUUCAGAUCCUUCAGACAUUUCUCUGACUUCUUCAGACGCUGUACUGAGCGUAGUCCAAAGAGUAGCAAAUAUGGCCUUUUUUCUAUGUUUAGUUUCUUCUUUUUUGGCUGCAAUUUACGCUUUUUUCUUAUCUGCGUAUUCAAUUCUACCAUGGCAUCUAAUCUAUUCUAUAACCGCUUGUCUUUGGGGCUAUUGUUUGUACGCCCAAGGCAACUCAUUAUCAUUGUCAAAUAGUAUCACUGGUGCACGAAGAAUUUCAAUGGGUAUAACGGUUAUACAAGGUGUAGCCUAUUUAUUAGAAAGUGUGAUUCAUGAUAAAUCAAAUAAUGGACCGGGUCCAUUAUCACAGACAGAAGCAUUCUCAACAAAUCCUUUUCUUUACGGAGGAUCUAUGCUAGGACUUCCGUGCUACAUUGUUCUGGAACAGAUUCUGAUUGCUUAUCAAAGAGAAAAUUUUCGUAAGCAAGCAUUACUGCAAUAUGAGCGUGAAAAUUCACAGACAUCACUUUACCGUGCAAUUGAUCGAUUCAGUGAACGUAAGGGAUUAUACCUGCGUACUAUUUCGAAACGAUUACGAAAUAACACUGAAUUAGCGAUGACAACAUUAAAACAAUUGUCCCCGCCGAAUUUCCUUUCGAAACCUCACGAACAACUGUCCGCUUGCUCUAUUCCGAUUCCUACCGCGUCUAUCAAUGCGAUUCAUACCACCUUGAAGGCAAUCAACUAUAUGUCAUCACAUUUAGGAACACUGUCUCUUUUGUUGUUCACUGAUAACGGAAAAAUUGAACUAUCGCAUGUAAAACGAAAUUUCGAUAUUGGUGAAAUGCUGCAGAAUAUCGGUGAUGCUUUAGCUGGAUUUGCUUCUAACGCAAAUGUAGAAUUGGUGCUUUACCAUGUCUUUUAUGGUCUAAAUCAUAUCAAUGUAGUUGGUGAUGAAGCGACCUUAAGAUAUGCUUUAUUUGAUUUACUCAAAUCUAUUCUUAAAGGUGCUUCUGAUGGAGCUUGCAUUGAAGUAGGACUAAAAGUACGAAAUUCUGAGGAUGCUGAUGGAACGAAUGACGAUGAUUUACUUGAUAAAGACACAGUAAUCAAUCCACGAGACAAAGUCAUGUGUACCAUUGAAAUCACACACAAUUUUGCAAGUUCGUCAUUGGUAUCCGAGCAAAAGCGUAAAUCUUUUCUGAUAAAUCCAACUAUGCAAUUCUCUGCGAGAGUGUUCAAAUUCAUUGGCGCUAAUCUUUCUGCAGAACAAAAAGAGGAUAAACAACUAUUUAAUGUUAGUCUAGAAUUGGAAGUUGGUCCUCCUCUUGAAAAGCCAAAGGCUCCUAGAGUGGACGAAGAAACUCGUAAGCGAUUCCCGCAUUUACGAAUCUCUGGUGAACCAUCGAUCGAAGACUUGAAAAAAUUUUCCAAACGUUUAAGAGGAUUAAGAAUCGGGCUUCAUGCUACGACCAAUAGUCAUUUUGCUAAACAUGUGACGAACUGUUUGACAACUUGGAGUACGGAUAUAUCUCAUGUACCAAUAGGCGGAGAAGACGGUAUAGAGAUACAAAAAACUGACUCAAGGCCCGGAUCUAAUUCUGCAUCUUUAAAUUCAUCAAGCUCACGACAAUUACCUUCGGGUGAUUCUGGGAGUUACGAAGAUAAUAUGAGCGAACAGGCUAAUUUACCUCCAGCCUUCAUUAUAAUUGACGAUGAUGUGGAUACAUUAAAGGAACAAUUGAUCAAACUUCGAAAUGCACCUUUCCAAGUUGGAAUUGCUUCUAUGCUUAAUGCACGAGGACGUCAUAAACGUGGUCAAACGCCUAAUUUAUUACAACAGACCACAGCAGUCAUUCAUUUUACUUCACUAACUAAUUAUAAACUAGUCAAAGAUACUGUACAAUUAAUUUUGUCUCCCGCAAAUGGAUCAUUUCCAUUACUACAAGUACUUGUGAUUCCUAAACCGGCAGGUCCAAGAAGAUUUCUGACAGCAUUGCACACGGCUAGCAAUAAGAUUGUCGUAGAUCCUGUGUAUAUGCCUAUCGCUACUUCACCCAUGAGUCCAGGUCAAAAGUAUAAGAGCGGAUGUGAUGAUUCAGAAAGUAAUCCAUUAGAUCGCGAAAUGUUCGGUGAUUCAACACGAAAUCCUUAUUUUAAUUCCGAAUCUGCAGGCAAUUGUCACACUAGGUCAAACCCUUCAACGCCGUCAAAAUGUGUAAAUAAUACUCGAUCCGAUAGUAAUACCGGAACUCCAGUAAGUCCCAGAAGUGGACCUGGUGGAGGAUUAUUGAUAAUACCGAAAACGAUGUUAUCUCCAAAUAAUCGAACUGUAAAUACCAGUCCUAAUGGGAAAGUCAUCCAAAAUCAAAUGUCACCCCAAAUAAUACCUGUGUCAUCAUCACCUCAUCGAAUUGAUUCAGCCUAUGAGGUAAAUAAUGUUUCCACAUCACCACCACCUAUCAACUCGCCUCCCCUACAAAAUAUUCAGCAGUCACCGGGUCGGAGAAUUACUACUGGCUCCUCUACGACGAAAUCACAAGCAAAAACAAACAAAGCAAUCAAAUUAUCUGUAAAUUCUGAAGACAUUAUUCCUCCGAUUAAUGUAUUAAUAGUGGAAGAUAAUCCUAUCAAUCAAGCUAUAUUGUCAGGAUUCAUGCGAAAAAAGAAAAUCAAGUAUGAAUGUGUUAAUAACGGUCAGGAAGCAGUCGAUAAAUGGAAAGAUGGACACUUCCAUCUUGUUUUGAUGGACAUUCAACUUCCUGUAAUGGAUGGAAUCGAAGCGACGAAAGAGAUACGUCGUUGCGAAAAGCUCCAAAAAAUAGGAGUAUUACCAUCGACUCCACCUGCUGCAUCAUCACAAUCAUCCUCGGCUACAUCAUCUGUAGCAUCCACUCCUUUAGUCACUCCUAUCGAUAUCGAUAAUCCACUCACAUUAAAUACACCUCCACCAGCGAUUCGUUCACCUGUAAUUAUUGUCGCAUUAACUGCAUCAUCACUUCCAUCUGAUAGAAAGAAUGCAUUGACAGCUGGCUGUAACGAUUUCUUGACAAAACCCGUGAGUCUCGUAUGGCUUGAAAAGAAGAUUAAAGAGUGGGGAUGCAUGCAAAUCUUGAUCGAUUUUGAGGUACCACCAAAACUGCCGCAUCAAAUGGAAUUAAUGUUGGCAAUAGUAACAAUAAUUCUGAAAAAUAACCGACAGCAAUAUGAAAAGAAAGGAAAUACCGUGUCGAGGCCGUUGGGAAUGCUAAGUCGACGAUAA